AUGUCGCUGAAACAAGAAAUAGAGACCUGGGUAUCGGCCCUCGGCCACUACGAUAACAAUGAGUUCGACGAGGCGCUGAAGAAUUUUGAGGGCAUUGCCGAUACCUCCAAGAUUCUGUUUAAUAUGGGAGUUAUUCACGCAACGCUAGGUGAACAUGAAAAAGCUGUCGAAGCAUACCAGCGAGCCAUCAAAUUGGACCAAUACCUCGCUGUAGCUUACUUCCAAGAGGGCGUGUCGAAUUUCUUACUUGGCGACUUCGAGGAGGCAUUGGCCAAUUUCAACGACACGCUUCUAUAUUUGAGAGGAAACACCAUGAUCGACUAUGCACAGCUGGGACUUCUGUUCAAGUUGUAUUCUUGCGAGGUCCUGUUCAACCGUGGUCUUUGCUACAUAUAUCUGCAGCAGAAGGAUGCUGGCUUGCAAGAUUUGCAGUAUGCAGUCAAGGAGAAGGUUGUGGAGGAUCACAACGUUAUCGAUGAGGCCAUCAGAGAGGAGGCAGAGGGUUAUACCGUGUUCUCUAUUCCAGUCGGUGUCGUCUACAGACCCAACGAAGCCAAAGUACGAAAUUUGAAGACAAAAGACUAUCUGGGCAAAGCCCGCCUUGUUGCGGCCUCAGAUCGUGCGAAUGCUUUUACUGGUUUCGCCGGCUCGGAAAUUAAGAAUGCAGGCAGAGCAAACGACAAGGACGACCGCCCUACCGACAACAUUUCAUUUGCUGCUACGAACUUGGUGAAGCCUGGCAUCCAGAGUCGCGCACGGCAGCAACCUGAAGCUCCAGCUGGUCGCAAUGGUGCUUUCCCGCCUACUCCGCCUCCUGAGAACGACAAGCCUCCCCAGAUGAGCCGUGGUGCCUCGGUACGAAAUGGACCGAAACCGAUGCUGGCCAAGCUCAACAUUGAGCCGCCACGAUCGAAUAGCUAUACGAAGACGACUUCACCCCAAAGCAAUCCCAGCGAGCGGAGAGCACCUACUAGGGCUCCUUCGGAGGCAAGAUCACCACCACAGCGUGGUUAUUCGCAGCGGGAUCAAGGUAGACGCAGACAAUCUAGGCCCCCAAGAGACGCUACGGAGGACUACUUGGACGAUGUCUACGAAUCAUAUAAUGGUGGCGGCAGUGAUUCGAGAAGUAGCAGGUCGCAGCCCCGCCGCAACCAGCAGCGCUACGGUGAAGAGGAGUUUGAUGGCAGUGAUUACGACUCAUUUGACGAAGGGGAUUUUGAAAUGGUAUCGAGCCGAAGACCAGGUGCAGGAUCAGUGUCAAGCUCGUCACGAGGUCAAUCGAGAAGACCGGAAGCCCGCAAGAUUCGAAUCAAGGUGCACGCCGAGGAUGUCCGUUAUAUCAUGGUGGGAACUGCAGUAGAGUUCCCAGAUCUUGUCGAUCGUAUUCGUGACAAGUUCGGCUUACGAGGGCGCUUCAAGAUCAAGGUUCGCGAUGAAGACUCGCCUGAAGACAUGAUUACCAUGGGAGAUCAAGAUGAUUUGGACAUGGUCAUUAUGAGCGCAAAGCAGGCGGCAAGAAAGCAGAGGCAAGACAUUGGAAAGAUGGAGAUUUGGGUUCAAGAAGUUUAG